UAAAAUAUGAUUUCAGAAAAAUAAUGGCGGCAAGUGACAACUUGACGGCCAUUUUGUAUAAAGUUGAUGACAUCCGGUUAGAGCAGGUUCCUGUUCCUGAACCAUCAGCUGAUCAGGUUUUACUUCGAAUGGACUCUGUUGGUAUCUGUGGCUCAGAUGUUCACUACUGGACUCACGGAGCCAUCGGAGACUUUAUAGUGAAAGCUCCUAUGGUGUUGGGGCAUGAAGCUGCUGGUAUUGUAGAGAAGGUUGGGGCUAAUGUUUCUCAUCUUCAGGUUGGUGACCGUGUGGCUGUAGAGCCUGGUGUACCGUGCAGAAUGUGCGGGUUCUGUAAGAAGGGUGUGUACAAUCUGUGCCCGGAUAUGCAGUUCUGUGCCACUCCUCCCGUGCACGGUAACCUUAGCAGGUAUUAUGCACAUGCUGCCGAUUUCUGCUACAAGCUUCCAGCUAACAUGAGUCUAGAGGAAGGUGCUCUAAUGGAACCCCUGGCUGUAGGUGUGCAUGCCUGUACACGAGCUGGAGUUUCUAUUGGCAAGAAUGUACUCAUUUGUGGUGCAGGACCAAUAGGUCUUGUAAAUGUGUUGACUGCUAAAGCUAUGGGUGCCUCUAAGAUAAUAAUAACUGAUGUUAUGGAGAAUAGGCUAGAAGCUGCUAAAGCAAUGGGAGCAACUCAUGUUUAUAAGGUUGGAGGAGAGAAGACCCCUGAAGAGAUGUCUGAUGAUAUUGAAAGUAUCCUGGGGGUAAAACCUGAUGUUACAAUAGAGUGCAGUGGAGUAGAGGCUAGUGUUAGAUUUGGAAUAUUCUGCACAAAGUCCGGAGGUUGUAUUGUUCUGGUUGGGUUGGGUAAACCAGAGAUUAUGUUACCUAUAGUUAACGCUGCAGUACGCGAGGUUGAUAUCAGAGGAAUAUUCAGGUAA